GGUAGACGGUUCAGAACCAGAAACAGUGGUAGGGGCCUUGUUGAAGGUUUAGCCUCAGAAAAUGGGAAAAUAGCAAGCUGGGUUAGUGCAGGGUCAACUUAUCCGGUUGAUGGAUAGCAGCGCUGAGUAAGGAUGGGUAGUGCUUAGAUUCCAUUGUGUAUGUACUCAGGGGCUGGUUUCCAUUAAACUGAGACUACGAUUGUUGACCGUUGCUGAGGACCUCAGAGUGUUUGCUGUCACGCCUGAGAAUACUUGGACCUAUGAUGAAUGCGCAGGAGUGAGCACAAAGAUCUGAGGAGACCCCUCCCCAGCUUUAACUUGGCUACAGUUCUUUUGGCUCAUGAGAGCUAAAAAAGGAGGCAGGAGGAGAGGCAGACAGUGGAGUUCCUGAACAUGUAACAGAUUGGCAAUAAAGCUGCCUUCUCUUUCCCGCUCCUUUGGCUCCUGACUCUUCUCAAAAACAUGGCUGGCCAUAUCCAGCGGUACUCUGAAGACCGGCAACGGUGCAGAUCUGAGACCGAGGCCCUAAAGAGUACUCCUCAAUCCCUCAAUCUGGAAUCCCUAUCCAAGAUGGAGAAGAAGAGCCAGAGCUCAUUGAAGUUGGCCUCAAGCACUCUACUAGGAGAGAAAGACAUUCUUCAACAGCAGGAAGUUCAGCAGGGGCUUGACAGCUCCAGAGAAGACUUGGCCCUGGAUUCUGGAGCCCUGCCUGCUGAAGCCCUCUCCGCUGCAGACUCGGACCCACUGAUUCCUCAAACAGAGGAUCCUCAAGGGCUUGACAGAGCUCCUGCUGGUAUGAGAGGAGAUCCUCUGGAGCAUUGCCGAUCCAGCAAUGAGAUUGCAGAGCCACUCCAGUCUCCUAUUCUCUGGCAUUGCCCUGAUGGGAGCUUUGUCAAGAGGAUCAUGGUCCAGGGCCAAGGUUUGGACAAACCCAAGGGGGGCUCCCAGUGCCAGGUUCUAGUAUCUGGGCUUCCCCCUGGAGUAGGUCUGCCUGAAGGCUGGACAGAACUAACUGUGGGAUCAGGGCCCUGGAGAGACAGUCUCUGGGGAGAGGUGUUGGAGAAAUGCCUGGAAACCAUGUGUUCAGGUGAACAGGCAGAGCUCUUGCUCCCUGGUGGAGCUGAGCCCCCUGCCCUGAUCACCCUGGCCUCUUUCACCAUGGGCAAGGACUCUUGGGAGUUGUCAGUUAGGGAGAAAGAAGAGUUAGCUUCAGAAGAGCGAGCUAGGGGCACAGAAUUAUUCAGAGCCGGGAACCCUGAGGCAGCUGCUAGAUGCUAUAGCCGAGCUCUACGGCUGUUGAUGACUCUACCCCCACCUGGCCCUCCAGACAGAACCAUCCUUCAUGCCAAUCUAGCUGCCUGUCAGCUGCAACUAGGACAGCCUACCUUGGCAGCUCAGAGCUGUGACCGAGUACUAGAACGAGACCCAAGACAUGUGAAGGCACUAUACAGAAGGGGAGUAGCCCGGGCUGCCUUUGGGGAACUGGAUGGAGCUGCUGAUGAUCUACGGAGGGUGCUGGAGGUAGAACCAGGAAACCGGGCUGCCAGAGAGGAGUUGGGGAGGGUGGUGAUUAGGGGGAGAGAACAGGAUGCAGGGCUGGCUCGGGGUCUUCGAAAGAUGUUUGGCUAAUUAAAAAUCAGAACUUAAAACAGAAAAAAGAAA